AUGACUCCACAGCAGUUUGAGGAUGUAUUCGUUAAGAUCGAGAGCGAUAUCAACAAAGAAAGCACAAAUUACCGCGAAUCGAUCACAGCACGACAAAGGCUCGCAAUAUGUCUAAGGUUCCUGGCGACUGGAGAUUCAUAUUCAACAAUAUCUUUCAGCUACCGUGUUGGGAAAUCUACGGUUAGCAAGAUUGUCAAGGAGACGUGUGAUGCUAUCUGGCGUAGGCUGCAACCCAUCUACAUGAGCGAACCGACUACAGAUGACUGGGAAAAUAUAGAAAAAGGAUUUUCUGAGCGUUGGAAUUUUCCCAACUGUUUUGGGGCACUAGAUGGGAAGCAUGUUGUAAUCACUGCUCCCCCAGCUUCAGGAUCCACGUAUUAUAACUACAAGGGUACAUUUUCAAUCGUGCUUCUCGCCUUGGUGGAUGACAAGUACUGCUUCAGCGUAAUAGACGCUGGUGGGUAUGGUUCGAACAGUGAUGGCGGGUUGUUCAAGAGCAGUGCUUUAGGUAAAAAGCUUCAAAAUGACACACUCGGCCUUCCCAAUGACAAACCGUUGCCGGACGCCCCAGAACUAGGGUCAAUGCUUUAUGCACUGGUUGCCGAUGAAGCUUUCCCACUCACGACCCACACAAUGCGCCCAGUACCCGUCCGUGGACUGAAUGAUGAAGACAGGAUUUACAAUUAUCGCCUUUUGUACGCUCGACGAAUUUCCGAGAACGCAUUCGGUAUUUUAGCAAGUCGAUGGCGAAUGUACCACUGGAAAAUACCAUUGAGCCCAGAAAACUUGGAUUCCGUUGUGCGAGCGACAUGUGUGCUUCAUAACAUGUUGCAGAGUCAAAACCAGCAAAGCUACUCCCAAGCAGUUAAUGAAAAUGAACCCACACCAAACAGUAUUUUGAGGAAUUUGAGUCACCGUGGAUGUCAUGCAACUAACGACGCACUAGUUAGAAACAAGUACAAAACGUACUUUUCGUCUGCAGCUGGCGCCGUCGCUUGGCAGCGAGAAUACGGUUUCGGUCGUGCUAAUUAA